AUGGAUUACGACACAUGCACAUUUUCAUAUGUUGCUACCAAAGAUCGAGCACCUAAAACACCCACAGGGAUUGAAUGUUCGUGGCUGGAUCUGAAACUUGAAUUUAAUCGACAAGGAGACGGUCUACCAGGUGCAAAAUAUUAUAAAACAAUUACUAAGGAGGGACCACAAUUGUUUGCUGUUAAACGAGAUCAAUCCGUAUGGUAUCAUGACGAAAAUCAAUGGCAUAGAUAUCAAACAGCAACUGAUGUAAAAUACGAUCAAAUACAUUCUCCGGAUCUAAAUCCUAGACGUGGAACUUUUACAUCAACAACUGAUGAUGAUGAUGAUGAACCACGUUUUGGUGAAGAAGAAGGAUUAAAUUAG